AUGAGCGACACACCUUCUGCUGGGUCUGAACGAAACGGCGACAAUCAGCUCACUGCCUAUGGCGAUACACAGGAGUCUCGUAACAGUCAACGUCGAGCAUUCUUUAGAGAGGGAUUCGAUCGGCGCAGCCGGAUGGAAUAUAAAUUUGACAGUGAAGUGGACCGAUUGAGAUGGGUUGAAGAAGCUACGGAAGGUGCAGUGCGUGAGAUGGAAGACGAGGACCACCAGUGGGAAGAGGAAGAUCGGCUUGCUGCUCAGGAAGACGAAGUGCUUGUCAUCGAACAAGAUGUGGGGAUGAGUGACAAUAACAAUGAGCUCACUGAAGGCCCCGAGUCCCAGGAGGCUCGCACCGAGGAACUUCGAGCAGAAAUCUCAAUGCGCUUUGACGAGGGGUCCCGAAAGCUGCACUGGGAAAAUGAAAAGGAUCGGCUAUCAUGGAUUCGUCGCCAGACGGAAGAAGUGAUGCCCAUCAUAGAAGAAAAGGACCGCCAGAGGAGGGAAGGAUAA